CCUGCCCCUUAUCCCCCACCCCCCUUUCAAACAACACCCCCUCCUUUUUGCGUCUCUCCCCACCUCCCUUUCUCGUUUGUCGGAGUAAGCGCCCGCGUCUCGCACCCGCGUCUCGCACCUGCGUCUCCCAUUCGCGCAUCACAGACGCAUCUCAUGUCCCCCCCGUCCCUGGUCACUGCCGGUGCCGGCGACGGCUCCACCUCUGCCGGACGCGUCAUUGUCCACCAGGGGUACCUCGAGAAGAAGAGCAACUCCUAUCGGAAAUUCCAACGCCGGUGGUUCGUCCUCCACACGGCUCCCGGCGGGGCCGAUGCGCGGCUGUCCUACUUCGAGAGUGAGGCCAAGGCUGCCGCCCUGGUGUCGGCCAUGGGGUCCGGCUCGCACACCGGCGCCGGUGAGCCCCUCUCCCCCCUGGGCAGCUCCUCCUCCGCGUACAACCUGUCCAACCUGGAUGACAGUGAUUCCGACAGUGAGGACACCGGCAAGGAUGGCGAGGGUGCCAGCGGCGGCAUCCAGCUCCUGCCUAUGGCUAUGAUUUGGCGAACCGGCCCGUCGGCUGGGCCGGGAAUUCCUUCCUUCAAGCUGUCGUCCAGCACCCGGGCAUCGACCGCCGCAUCGACCGCUGCCACAACCUCCGGAAUUGCCAUCACCACCACACCGCCAGUCAACCAGAACCCCGAGCACACGGGUGUCAUCCAUGCCCAUGGUGCCGGGUCCGGGGUGCCUUCCUUCGAGCUGGAUGUCCUCGGCCGAACGUACUUCUUCCGGGCCUCGAGCGAAAUGGAAAUGGAUUCCUGGAUUUCGGUCAUUGCCCCGCUCAUCCCCCAGCACCCAACCAUUGCCUCGAUUGCGCCGGUGCAUCACCGGUCAGAGGAUGUGUUCGGCACCGCCGACAAGCCGCUGGUCCUGUUCGCCGAGCUGGCUGGCAAUCUGGACAAGCUGAGUGGCACUUUCAAGAACUGGAAAAGCCGCUACUUCGUGCUUCGCGGAUACAAGCUCCUUUACUAUGUGGACGAGUCUCUCCGAGAGCCGGUCGGGUCGAUUGAUUUGCACGAUGCCACCCACGUGUCCAUUGGCGCCCCGACCAGCAAUGCCCCGAGCACCUCCGGCUCCAAGAACCUGAUGCCGAGCAUCCUGGGCUCCGUGCGCUUUGGUCGGUCGAAGUCCGGGUCCGGGUCCGGAUCCAGCACCUCGCAGGCCCAGGUCCUGACCGUGUACACCCACAACCGCAGCUAUCCCUUCCGGAUUCCCUCGCCCAACUCCGGCAUCGAUGCCGAUGUCUGGCUGUCGGCCCUGUCCGCGGCCGUGACCCGGGUUAGCCGAUGCGCCGGCGAGCGUGCGCGUGUGUGGGGCAUCACCUGGGACCCCAAGCGCCGGACAACCCUCUUCCUGCCAACCAUCAGCACCCCGGCGCACUACCUCGCCGCCAAGGCCACCGCUUCUGAUCUCAACAAGCGCAGCACCCUUACUGGCUUCAAUUCCAUCCGGGCUUCGACCAUUGGGCUGGGUGUGUCAGCCAGUUCCCCGAUCAAGGAGGCAUCUUCGCCAACCUCGCCAGCUAAGGAGCCUGCGGUGUCGGCUUCGCCGGUGGUCACUUCCCCCCCGGAGCCAGUCGCCUCGGAGCCAGCCGUCCCGGAGCCAGCCGUCCCGGAGCCAACCGUCCCGGAGCCAGAAGCCGAUGUCGUCUUUGCCCCUGCCGUCCAGGCCCUGGAGCCCAGCACGGCCGAGGAGGCUCCCGCAACCUCGAGUGCCGCGCCAAGCUCCGACCUCACGACCGCCCCCCUGCCGAUCAAGCAGCCCACUGCUCCGGAUUUCGGGCGCCAGGCCUCCAGUGACCUGGACAUGCUGAUUGCCUCGCUGACUCCCACCGCCGGGGCUGGUACCCCCCCACCGCCGGCCAUCACCCUCCCCGUGGAGUCCCUGCGGUCCGAGCACACCAGCCAGACCAUUGCUUCGCCGAUUCCGGAUGCCGCGCUGCCCACCCCUCCACAGAGUGCAUCCCUCCUGCCUCCCCCGCAUCCCCUUGGCCCGGCGGGGUCGCGCGUGUCAUUUGUCGGCGGAGCGGCCCUGCCCUCGCCGCUAUCGGGACCGGCUCUCACCAACGACGGGGCCUCCACUGCUGCUGGUCUGCCUCAAAAGCCGUCCUCAGUGACGGCGACAUCGCCAGACGGCUACAUCUCCGUGGAUCCGCUGCAGAGCCUGUCCGGCAACGGCUUCGAUGAGUCGCUCAUUGCCCUGAUCAACCCUGGUGCUGGGCCGGCUCUGCCGGCGCCGUUGCCGGCACCACUGCCUCCCGCCCUCGAGGAGGCCCAGUCGCCUGCCGAAUCGACCGAUCCUGCGGCCGAUCCUGCGGCCGAUCCUGCGGUCGACCCUGCGGCCGAUCCUGCGGCCGACCCUGAUGCGAUUCCUGACUCCGAGGAUGCCAGCGAGCUGGUCGAAGAGCCGGCCGAGGAGGUCACCGUGGAGGCCAUCCCCCUGUCGGAUGUGCCGACAGACGCCCUGCUGUCGCUGGUCAUCCUGCAGGUGUCCCUUCGCCUGCCGGGAACUCUCUUCGAUGGUGAUGUCUCCUCGGUGCCCGGUGGCUCCUGCCUGGAAGUGAGCUCGUCGCAUAUGGAUUCCCCGGCGCAGGGGUUCUUCGACUCGUUGGCUAUCCCCUCGCACCUGGGUGCUUUCCCGCGGGCGGCCCUUCGCCAGACCAUCCCCGAUGGGGCCCUUGUCGAGGCGGACCUAACUCUGGCCUUUAUGGAGCUCUGGACCCGCAUCGCGUGGGAUCCCCAGACCUUUGCCACGUUGCUGGUGGAUCAUAGCACCAAGCUCGGUGAGGUGACUGGUGCCCCGGGCUGUGUGAGUUUCUUGACACAGGUGGCGCUGGCUGGGUACAUCCUCCAGUGGCCGAUCGCCGAGCCGGACUACCACACCCCGGCCCUGGUGGCGAUCACCUUGUUGCUGAUGCUCCUGGCUCGUGGGUCUCUCGGCGUCGCGGACUCGCGACUGGAGAGCCUGCUCCCGGCGUCGGCUUUCUUGGCCGUUCUGCGCCCGGUGAUGUCCUUCUUCCCGGCGUGUUCCUUCCAGCCGGCCGCCCUACUUGCGACGCCCCUGACCCCGGCUACAGUGGUCAUCUUCCUGGACUUGUUGCUGUCCAUCGAUCUGUCCGAUUCCGGCGCGUCGUCGUUGGCUGAGCUCUAUCCCUCGGUCACCGGGGCGGACUUCGCCCGGAGCACGGUUGCCUGCUUCCAGGCGACUUCGACCUCGGUCCGGCGCUUCACCGGGGUGGCGGCCGCCAUCGAGGCUCUCGGGGCCAUCUCGGCACUGCGCCUGUUGAGAGCCCUGCUUCCCCAUAACUCCGACUCGGGGGAGAUCCGUGCCCUGAGCACCGGGCUCGGUCAGCAGCUGUCUCCCUCGUCGCUGUCCUGGUGGUGGCUUGAGCCAUCCGAUCAGCUGGGCGCCCCGGCUGGCGCGGAUGAGGAGGACGACGAGGAGGGGGCUCCCUGCCUGCAGGAGGCACUGGCCUCUUCGCUUGGCGCGGGCCUGCCCAUUCUCUUUGGCUAUUUUGCCUCGCCAACUGCUUGCAUCCUGGCCACCAAGGAUUUGUUCGACCCGCCAUCGGCCUUCGGCAAGUUCGGCCUCGAGCUUGUUGCCUGCAUCAUUCGGCCGCUGUUUGAUGGGGAUUCCGUCCUCUCGGGCGAUGUGGCCAUGGAUGACGUGUGUGCCGCGCUGGAGGCGGCUCUUCGCGCAAGCGUGGCCCUCUUGACGGCCUUCCCCCCGGGAGCGUCCCCAGGGGACAAUUUUGCCAGCUGGCUUUUCGGAGCCAUGUCCAAGCCGGCCACCGGGUCCGAUCCCUCGAGCGAUCCGAUGUCGGCCCGGCGCAAGUGGGCUCUGGAGGCGGUAUCCAUCACUCGUGUGCUGGUGGCCCCGGUGCUGGUGGCCGGCGCCUUGCAGAUUGGCGGCGCCACGGCUUCGGAGGACAUGGACGUCUUGGCGGCCGCCCUCCAGGCCGACACGCCCCUGGUGCACCUGGUCCCAAGCGCGCUAAAUGCCAUCCGCCGGUCGCUUCAGCGGGCCGGGUGCCUUGAGCCGCUGGUGGACAUUCUCGCCGCUCCGCCGGGCUAUUGUCACAUUCAUGAUACCACCGGUGAACUGUUGGCCCGCGCGACUGAAGCCUUGCUGUGGUUCUUGGAGGAGGAGCUGUCCACGCGCGAGCUGAUUCGCAGCAAUGCGGCCAAGUUCCUGGUUGAGCAGUUGGCCGCCUGCUCACACGCUGGCAGCGCUGCACUGGCCGACUCGCCGACCAGCGCCGCGGCCAAUGUCACUCCUGCGCAGGCGGCUAACCUCUGGCGGCAGCGCCGGGUAGCUGGAGCCGCCGUGGCGGCCCUCUGCCGGCUGACAUCGGCGGAUGACUCGUCUCGCCAGGCGGUCCUGCGGGCUGGGCGCCACCGGCUGCUUCUGACCAUGCUGUCGAAUGCGGUGGCCCAGGCGCCGGUGCGCUUGGCACACCGGGACCCGGAGACCGGCUUUGGUCUUUGGGCACCGGGGCACUUCACCCUGGGCCAGGACCGGGUACCGGGCCCUGCCAAUGGGGGGGACAGCCUUGGGGCUGGGUUCGCCACAUGCGACACGGCCACCACCCUGUACCGGGCGGUGGAGUUGCUGGGCAACCUGGCCCACGAUGCGGAUCCCAUUCGUUUGUUGGAUGCAGCCGAUGCCCCGGGGAUUCUAAUGACCGUCCUCGCCCGGUUCCAUGGCGGACAGGCGGUUGACGGCGGCGGCGGCGGCGGCGGCGCCGAGGGUCCUGGCGACCGGGCGCCGGCCUAUCGUGAUGAAGAGCUGGCUCUGGCUGCGGCGGUGGCCCUGCACAAUCUGUCCCUGGACCCGGUGGCUCGGGCAUCGCUCCAUCGUGAUGGGGCCUUCGGGCCACUGGUGGCCUUGGCCUGCCUCCGGGCGGAUCUCCUGCCGGAGGUGGGAACCGCCGGGGCGACCGAGGUGCCCAAGCGCGAGCGCGGUGUCUGCGCCGGGCCCAGCCCGGCACGCACCGUGCAGCGCCUGCUACUCCGUGUGUUGCUGAAUGUGUGCCAGGAGCCGCAGCAUCUGGUGGAGUUGUACUGCCUGGCGGCGCAUGGGGCCAUCGGCCGGGUGGCCGAUGCGGCCACCGCCCUCCCGAACCCGGGGGAUGUAGAUGAGGAGUUGGCCGACAUUUCCGCCGUGUCGACCUACCUCCUGGCGGCGGUGAGUGCCAUUACCCCGGAGGAUCUGGCCGCACAUGCGGACGCCAAUGAGGAGGGCGACACGCAGGAGGCCGGUGACGCGGAUCUGGAUGACGCGCCCGAGUCGGGCAAGCUCUGGCUCCGACUGUCCUACAGCGGGACCACUCGCAUGGCAACCAUUCGCCGGCCGACCGCGGAUCGGCCUCUGCGCAAGGCACAUCUGGAUGCGGUGGCCCGGCAGCGCUUCGGAUCGGCCACGGCCGGCGUGUCGGCCGGGCGCAUGGUCUUCUGGCACUGCGACUCCGAGGGAACGGAGCUGGCCAUCGCGGCCGACGACGAGGCGGCCUACGUGUCGGAGAUCCUGCUGGCCGGCGUGGCCGGGAGUGAUGCCGAUGCUCGGCUGACCUUGUCUCUGCGGUUGGCCAUUCAGCCGCCAGGGGCCGGGGAUUCGGACGAUCCGGGGGCCCCGCCGCCCCCGUCCCUGGAGGCGGCCCCUCAGCGUGGGCGCCUGUUGGACGAGCUCCGGUUGAUCUCCUCCAUGGCCUCCAAGGGCGAGGAGGUGGCCACUGGUGUGAUGGUUCCCCCGACCGGGGCGGUCACCUCGGCCUUUGGGCUGAAGAAGGUGGACCAUGAGCAGAUCGCUCGCGAGCGUGACGAGCGCCGUCGCCGCGAGAACCCGGUCGAGGCCCAACGCCAGGACAUGUUGGCGUCCAUCCGUCUGAAGGCCGCGCAGGCCGGCGACGGGGACCUCUCGAUCACCGACGCCGCGGCUGCCGUGGGAGUGAAGCUUCGCUCGGUCGAGCGCCACGCGCCUAAGCCAGUCUCCGAUCCCCACGAGAGCAAUUCUCUGAUGCUGAAUGUCGAGGCAGCCCGCCGGAGGAUGGCCAUCGCCGACGAUCGCUACCACAACUCCUCCUCGUCAGACAGUGAUUCCGGUGAGGAUGACUGGUAGUCUGAGGAUGUGCGCUUCCCCUUUUCUCUCUCUCUCUCUCUCUC